AAUCAUCACCCCAGGACGUGUACCCUCCCGCCCUUCUUCCAGCUCAUAAGAAAAGCCUGCCACAAAAGCCUCCACUGUGCGGCCGUGAACGCGGCUUGGAGAAGCCGGCGCCCGGUGAUGGGGCGAACAGCCAGGCCCCCCCCGCAGCAGUAAAAGUCCCAACUACAAACUGCCCGGGCGCUGGGUGGGUCGCCGACUGCAUUGCUCCAAGUCCCUCGGUGCCCGCCGCGGUGCUUUCGAAGGGGGCCGGGGGCACGGGACCGGGGGGCGCGGAGCCCACCAUCGCGGCCCGAGGGGGAGCGCACCGGGCGGCUGGGCGCACCGAGCGCGCCUUUGGUCCCUGGCCGCGCUGACCCGGCCGCGCCGCGGCGCCAGAUUCCAACAAGAUUAUGGCAGAGCACAGCCACAUGCAAAAGCAGCUGGCUUUACAGAAUGGUAGCUUAGAGGCAGACUUGGCGGCAAAUUCCCUCGAGAACGAUUUCCAAAACAUGAUGGAGAGCCUGAGCCCAAAGAAAUAUUCUUCCAGUCUGAGAUUUAAAGCCAAUGGAGACUAUUCCGGCUCCUAUUUAACCCUCUCACAACCUGUGCCUGCUAAGAGAAGCCCUUCUCCCCUGGGAACCAGUGUCAGAAGUAGCCCCUCCUUGGCCAAAAUCCAGGGAAGCAAGCAGUUCUCUUGCGAUGGAACUGACAAAAGUAUUUCCAUGAAACCUCCCACUCCUUUACUCAGCACUUCGCCUUCCCUCAGUGGGUAUCCACUUGGGAGAGCGGACUUUGAUCCUUAUACUGGCCGGGACAGUGAAAGGACCCUGAGGCUCUCAGAGAAGCCCCCCUAUUCCAAAUACAGCUCAAGGAAUAAAUCCCAUGACAAUGUCUACUUUCUCGGAGGGCUGGAAGGCCGAAAAGUGUCUGGCUCGCUCCUGGCCAUGUGGAAUGGCAGUUCGCUGAGUGACACUGGCCCCCCUCCCAUCAGCAGAUCAGGGGCGGCAAGCAUGCCGUCAAGCCCAAAGCAAGCCCGGAAAAUGAGCAUGCAGGACAACCUGAUGCUUCAGCCCAGGUCUGCCAGACACAAAGAGCUGACGUCUGAAAACAUCAGUGGAAGAACGAGGAAGUAUUCGGGCGGCAGCCUGAGCCAUAUGGGAGCCUAUAGCCGGUCUCUCCCCAGGUUGCACAGGGCCACGGAGAACCAGCUGACGCCUCUCAGCUUGCCUCCGAGAAACUCUCUGGGCAAUUCCAAACGAACGAAACUGGGGGAAAAGGAUCUACCUCAUAGCAUAGUAGACAACGACAAUUACCUGAAUUUUUCUUCUUUGAGCUCAGGGGCUUUACCCUAUAAAACCUCUGCGUCUGAGGGCAGUCCUUAUGUAAGUUCCACCCUCAGCAUCCCUGCCAGUCCUCGAGUGGCGCGGAAGAUGCUUCUGGCCUCCACCUCCUCCUGUACCUCUGAUGACCUUGAUAGGGCUCCCUACUCGGGGACCAGCCCGGGUCAUUCACUUCCUCCCGGAGAGCCGGACAGAGUGUUUGUGGCCAGGAGGAACUUCUCUUGUGGAUCUGUCGAGUUUGAUGAUGCAGAUUUGGACAGCCUCAGACAGGCCUCAGGAACUCCCCAGCCUGUCCUUCGGGAACGGAAAAGCAGCAUUAGCUCCAUUUCAGGACGCGAGGAUCUGAUGGAUUAUCACCGGCGGCAGAGGGAGGAGAGACUCAGGGAGCAGGAGAUGGAGCGAUUGGAGAGACAGCGUCUGGAGACGAUCCUCAGUCUCUGUGCUGAAUACACAAAGCCGGACAGCCGCUUGUCCGCUGGCACCACCGUGGCGGAUGUGCAGAAAAUCAAUAAGGAGCUGGAGAAGCUGCAACUCUCCGACGAGGAGUCCGUGUUUGAAGAAGCCCUGGUGAGCCCUGACACCAGAUACAGGAGCCACCGGAAAGGCUCUGUCCACGAUGCGGACUUGGCGGUCUUCGGGACCCUCAGUCAGAGCAGUGCCAGCUUCCUUUCCCCCAGGAGCGUCAGGAACGACGAACUGCUCAGGGACCUCACCAGGACUCCCCCACCACCCUCCUCUGCCUUUCUGAAAGCUUCCAACGAGUCUGCUUAUCUAAGCAUCCUACCAAAGACGCCAGAGGGUAUAAGUGAAGAACAAAAGAUGCAAGAGCUGGCUGCAAUGGAAGAGACCCGGAUAGCUAUUCUGAACAACCUUGAGGAACUUGAACAAAAAAUCAAAGAUAUAAAUGACCAGAUGGAUGAAUCCUCCAGAGAGUUGGAUAUGGAAUGUGCUCUUUUGGAUGGAGAACAGAAAUCGGAAACAACUGAACUUAUGAAAGAGAAGGAGAUUUUGGAUCAUCUAAACCGGAAAAUAGCAGAACUGGAAAAGAACAUUGUUGGUGAAAAGACCAAGGAGAAGGUAAAGCUUGAUGCUGAAAGGGAAAAACUAGAGAGGCUUCAGGAGCUUUACUCCGAGCAGAAGACCCAGCUGGACAAUUGUCCUGAGUCCAUGAGGGAACAGUUACAGCAACAACUGAAGAGGGAUGCCGACCUGUUGGAUGUAGAGAGCAAACACUUUGAAGACCUGGAAUUCCAGCAGCUUGAGCAUGAGAGCCGUCUGGAUGAGGAAAAGGAGAACCUGACCCAACAGCUCCUGCGUGAAGUGGCUGAAUAUCAACGGAACAUUGUUACUAGAAAGGAAAAAAUUUCUGCAUUGAAAAAGCAAGCCAAUCACAUUGUCCAGCAGGCUCAGAGAGAACAAGACCAUUUUGUGAAAGAAAAGAAUAAUUUAAUAAUGAUGCUGCAAAAAGAAAAGGAAAAUCUUUGUAAUUUGGAAAAGAAAUACUCCAGCCUCUCUGGGGGGAAAGGGUUUCCUGUCAACCCCAAUACUCUAAAAGAGGGCUAUAUCAGUGUAAAUGAAAUUAAUGAGCCAUGUGGCAAUUCCACGAAUCUAUCCCCUUCCACUCAGUUCCCUGCUGAUGCUGAUGCUGUCGCCACUGCGCCUACCACAGCUGUGCUGGUGAGCCAGCCGCAAAAUAAAGAGCACUUUAGAAGUCUGGAAGAAAGGAAAAAACAGCAUAAAGAAGGCCUCUAUCUGAGUGACACUUUGCCUCGAAAGAAAACCACACCUUCCAUAUCCCCACAUUUCAGCAGUGCUACUAUGGGGAGAAGCACCGCCCCGAAGGCUCACCUGGCCCUGGGACAGAGCAACAGCUGUGGCAGUGUGCUUCCCCACUCGCUGGCGACCAUGACCAAAGACUCAGAAUCUCGGAGGAUGCUCAGAGGGUAUAAUCACCAACAGAUGAGCGAAGGACAAAGGCAGAAAUCUUCUGAAUUUUACAACCGCACAGCAUCUGAAUCAAACGUCUACUUGAAUAGUUUCCACUACCCAGACCACAGCUACAAGGACCAGGCCUUUGAUACUUUGAGCCUAGACAGCUCUGAUAGCAUGGAGACUAGCAUCUCUGCUUGCUCACCUGACAAUAUCUCUAGUGCCAGCACUUCAAAUAUUGCCAGAAUAGAAGAAAUGGAGAGACUUUUGAAGCAGGCUCAUGCAGAGAAGACACGGCUGCUUGAAUCCAGGGAACGGGAAAUGGAAGCCAAGAAACGAGCUCUAGAAGAAGAAAAACGACGCCGAGAACUCCUGGAAAAACGAUUGCAGGAGGAAACUAGCCAGAGGCAGAAGUUAAUUGAAAAGGAAGUAAAAAUAAGGGAGAAACAAAGAGCACAGGCUCGACCUCUGACACGCUAUCUGCCCAUCCGGAAGGAAGACUUUGACUUACGGAGCCAUGUGGAGACUGCUGGCCACAAUAUUGAUACCUGUUAUCACGUAUCGAUCACAGAGAAGACCUGCCGAGGAUUCCUCAUCAAAAUGGGUGGAAAAAUUAAAACUUGGAAAAAACGUUGGUUUGUUUUUGAUCGGAAUAAGCGCACCUUCUCUUAUUAUGCAGACAAGCAUGAAGCUAAAUUAAAAGGCGUAAUAUACUUUCAAGCCAUUGAAGAAGUAUAUUAUGAUCACCUCAAGAAUGCUAAUAAGAGUCCUAAUCCAUUACUCACCUUUAGCGUCAAGACGCAUGACAGAAUCUACUAUAUGGUGGCCCCAUCACCGGAAGCCAUGCGGAUCUGGAUGGAUGUUAUAGUUACUGGGGCAGAAGGUUAUACCCACUUCUUGUUGUAGUGAACUGGCACCACAGUCCACUUCAGGGCAGACUGCAAUAAUCUCUUAGAAGAAUGAAGCCAUAUUCAAUCCCAGGUGGAAAGACGCAACAGACCCAUUCUUUUAACUGUGUAUACUCAGAACUCCUUUCAUAUUAACAGAAGUCAUUUGUAAAAGAGGAAGAAAGGGUUUUAAGUCAAAGCUUGAGCAUAAAUAAUUCAAAGCUUGAUCAUAAAUAGCAAAAGAAUUGAUGUGCCUAUGAGAAAAAAACCCACUAUUUUGGUAAAUAGCAUCACUUAUAGGAACAUUUCUUAUAAACUAUUUUUUAUCAAUUGUUGAUUUUGGUGAAAUAAACUAAACAGUUUACAAAAUAUCUGCAUAUGUACUUGGAAAUAUGAAAUUAUUUUAGCACCCAAGUCAUUGGCAUUGACAUUAUUGGUAAUCAACUGGCUUUUUUAAAAAGGAGCAUUUUACUGAAGGUUAUUUUAUAAAUAUAAGCAAUAAAGGGUUGGAGGGGAAUAUAUUUUAGGAGGAGUUUUGCCCAAAUUUUUAAAUACUCCACCAAAACCAAAGACUUGACAUGACUUCUGUUUAAUAGUAGUAGUUUCAAGUGAUGAACUGCAGUUAGUGUUACUCUACAUCUAAACGAUAUUUUGAUGCCAUCAAGUGUGCAGGAAGUUGACUUUGAAGAGUUGCCACCGGCAUAAGCUACAUACAUAUAUAGCAAACCACUUUUUGUAACAGAAGAAAGAAGAAAAAGCUGUGUGUUUUAGAAAGAAGCAGUCUUAGAAAGACAUUCUGUCACCCUGGGCGAUUUUACACAAAGAGAAUAUUUAGUGUUAGGAGCUUGUUUUGCUGAAGAUUUCUCCAUUCCCAGUGCUGAAAGUAAAGGCAACUAGUAGUCGAUUUCCUUUAGAUUGUCUGCUUUCUCUUUGUUGUGGAGCAUACCUGUUCAUCGCAGCCUCACAUGAUGUAACUAUGAAAUCAGAGCUCUGUUUUCACCAAAGAACAGACCAAUUAAAAUGCUUAUUUACAGAAGUGGUAUAGUUCUAUAAAAAGGCAAAUGAAGUUCAACUUGAUGUUCUCUGUAAUGUCCUAUUGUAUUAUGUAUUUCUUUAUAAUUAGCCUUUGUUUUUUAGAGUUAAAUUAAUUUUUGUUGAAUGAAAUGACUUCAGGCAAGUCUCUUUUAUAACAGUUUUUCAAAAUGCCAUUUAUCCUGGUUUGUCAUGUUGUGUGUGUUUGUAAAUAUGAAUGAACUCUUUCCUAAAACUUGGUAAAUGAAUAGAAGUAGAAAAUAAUGAUGUUACUUACUAGUACAAGGUGAAAUGAUUAGAUUAGACGAGUCUAUAAAAUCUUUGUCAGGCCUGACUGGGUACAAUUUUUUUUUUAAUUUGUAGUGUGGUUUGUAUACAUGUAUGCGUGUUGCCAAUAAUAAGAUUUUGCAACUGGAUGACACAUGAUUUUACUUGAACAGUGAAGGACAAAAUCAUGAUUGCAGAAGAUAUUUUUAUAAUCUGUAUUUUCAGAGAUCACCCCUAAACUCUGUAAUGAUCUAAGAGAGACAUAUGCAAUUGCUAAAAUUUUGUUGGUUAAUGUAAAGAUAUAACUUUUCUGUACUGUACUUUACUUUCUUCAUAGGAAUUUAUAAAGAUAUUUUAAUCAACUUUAUAUCUUGCAUGAUGUAGCAAACCUUUUAAAUAUGUAUGUUAAAAUAUGUUGAGUUUGGAUUAAAAUGUUGACUAGAUUUCACAUUUGAAAAUAAAUUCAUCUCUCAUUAGGAAGUUACCUGUUGGUAACAUGAUGGGGGAUGGAUUAAUCAGCAACAAUGUGAUAGGAGAACCUACAUAAAGGUUGUGUGCUAACAUGAUUUGUAGUUUAUAAACUGAAGUAAUUAG